UGCAUUGGUGCCGUCUUCAGAGGCUCAAUCUGCCAUGAGAGUGCAAGCAUUAGCGCGAGCCAUUGACCAACCGGAGGCCCUCAAUUGUGGUUACGGAAACUAUCACGUGACCGACCUGGCAUCGUCAGGUCCGCCAAGCUCCCCGGUUUGCGACAACACAAUCUACUUCCACCUCGACCGCCCUCCCACCGCCGCACGCAAUCGAGUCUAGGUGCCAGUACCACGAGACCUUCGAGAUCGAAAUCCUAGCCGUGCGUAACCAAUUCUUUCACAAUGCCGACCCCCGAGUCCGAAGCGUUCCUGGCCAAAAAGCCCCAAGUCCCACCUACCUUCGAGGGAGUCGACUUCGACGACAACAAGGCGCUCAAAGGUGCCCAAGAUGCAAUCAUUCGCGAACAAUGGGUCAAGAGCAUGAUGGCGCGGCUUGUUAGGGAAGAGAUGGGCAAAUGCUAUCGCCGAGAGGGUGUGAACCAUCUAGAGAAGUGCGGACAUUUGAGAGAACGUUACUUUGAGCUAUUGAAGGACGCCAAGGUGAAGGGAUACCUGUUCGCACAGCAAAACUAUGUGUCAAAACCGGAAUGAGAUCGAUGUUGCGACUACACGAUGUGGUAAAUGACACGGGAAAGGCUCUCGAAAUCAGUGGGAAUUGAUCUGUACAUAUAUAAAACGAUAUCCUGCUCAAGGAAUGGCGUAAGGACAUGGUGGUUGACACUUUCGAUCAAUUGAUCGACAUGCGGAGAGAAAUUACUCACCAACACCUGACAAAGCCAUCCCAUUUUGAAUGUACCUGUACGCAUCCA